AUGGCGCCUCCCAUGAUCGACCCCGCGCUCUUCGAUGAGCUCAAGACCAAAAUUGAGGAGGAUACUAACAUCCGGAAGGAACUAGACCAGAUUCUUGAUGACCUAAACCAGCAGGUCUCCUUCACCCAGGGCGUGCUUUCCCGGAUACACUCGACGCCGCGUGAAUCAGAUUCAACCCUGCUGAGCCAAAUCGAGGGCGGUAUCCAGAAGGAGAUCGAGACAGUCGGCAAGCUGUCGACGUUUGCGUCACAGUUUCCAUACAACCACAAGUGGACCCGCAUGGUUCAGGAUGCCGUCGCCACCGUCAUAAUUUGUGCCUGGUUGGGCGUUCCCGUCAACCUGAAGGACCGCGAUGCCUUUCAUAUCACAAUCGAGGAGUACCUACUCGGGCUAAUUACGGUUAUCGACGACUUGAGUCGGCUGGCGGUCAACUCGGUCACGCUAGGCGACAAUUCCAUGGCCGUGCAGAUCAGCGGAUUUAUCAAGGACUUACAUGCUGGAUUUCAGGUGCUGAACUUGAAGAACGACGUCUUGAGGAAGCGGGUGGACUCAAUCAAGUAUGCCGUCAAGAAGGUCGAGGAUGUGGUCUACGACCUAUCGCUACGGAAUCUCAUCCCGGCGCAGGAGCCGCAGUGA